AUGUCGUGGAAACUCACCAAGAAACUCAAGGAGACACAUCUUGCACCCCUCGCAAACACCUUCUCCCGAUCCUCCUCGCAAUCGACCAUCAUCAACGACUCUACCGCUAAACCCUCAUCCACCACUUCCACUGCCGGCACAGCGACACCGCCCGUAGCACAACCCCCCAAUGCACCGCCCAGCAGCAAUGGCGCCGCAGACUCAAAUGGCAUUACUGCCUCCGAGACCAUGAUGUCGCCACCCGUAGCCUCAGCGCGACCAGGCAUACUCAUCCUUACAUUACAGGAAGGACGGGGCUUCAGUCUGCCACCAGGCGCUGAGGCAGCCUUCCAAGCACGACCAAAUCAUGGCGGGAGCAUGAGCACCGGCAGUUUCGCGGGCAGCUAUAUGGGUAACAGUGCGAGGCCAGGCUCUUCCCAGAUGCAGCAGAGCAGUUACAGGCCGGCAUCAUCGGCCGGUGGUAUCAACUCGGUACCGUCCAGCCACGGCCGUUACAACAGCAAAUACCUACCGUACGCUCUAGUGGACUAUGACAAGCAGCAGGUAUUUGUCAACGCUGUAGGUGGAUCGCCUGAGAAUCCGGUAUGGGGCGGCGAGAGCACACAGUACAAGUUCGAUGUCAGCAGAUCUACGGAGCUCAACCUGUCACUCUACAUCCGCAACCCGAGUGCGCCACCAAACGCUGGGCGAGCACAAGAUAUAUUUAUCGGCACGAGCAGUAUCAAGCCCAGCUACACUGAGGAUGCACAAUCGGGCGCACAACAGGCACAGGCAGCGGACGGCAAGAACGUAAAGAAAGAUGGCAAGACUGGCGCAAUGCCACCUCCAAACAACGGCACAGUUUCGGGUGUACAAUGGCACGAUAUUCAAUACGGGACAGGUGCGAUUCGGAUAGGUGUGAAGUUUGUGGAGAACAGACAACGAUCGCUCAAGAUCGAGGACUUUGACCUGCUCAAGGUCGUCGGAAAGGGUAGCUUCGGCAAAGUCAUGCAGGUCAUGAAGAAGGACACAUCGCGAAUCUACGCCCUGAAGACGAUCCGGAAACAACAUAUCAUAUCUCGAUCCGAAGUCGCGCACACACUGGCUGAACGAUCCGUGUUGGCACAAAUCAACAAUCCUUUUAUUGUUCCACUGAAAUUCUCGUUCCAGAGCCCGGAGAAGCUGUAUCUGGUUUUGGCUUUUGUAAAUGGUGGCGAGCUCUUCCAUCAUCUACAAAGAGAGCAGAGAUUCGAUAUCAAUCGGUCACGGUUCUAUGCUGCUGAGCUGUUGUGCGCGUUGGAGUGCUUGCAUGGCUUCGGCGUCAUCUACCGUGAUCUGAAGCCUGAGAACAUUCUGGUCGAUUACGUUGGCCAUAUUGCUCUAUGUGACUUCGGACUUUGCAAAUUGGAUAUGAAGGAUGAGGACAAGACGAAUACCUUCUGUGGUACACCUGAGUAUCUUGCACCUGAGUUGCUGCAUGGUCAGGGGUACACGAAAGCUGUGGACUGGUGGACGCUUGGUGUGCUGUUGUAUGAGAUGUUGACUGGUCUCCCACCCUUCUAUGACGAGAACACAAACGAAAUGUACCGCAAAAUCCUCGCCGAACCUCUCCACUUCCCAGGCCCUGAGAUCGUGCCUCCAGCCGCCCGCGACCUCCUCACUCGUCUCCUCGACCGCGAUGCGUCUCGCCGUCUAGGCUCCAAUGGCGCAGCGGAGAUCAAGGCCCAUCCUUUCUUCCACAGUAUCGACUGGCGAAAGUUGCUGGACAGAAAGUACGAACCUAGUUUCAAGCCGAGUGUCGUGGAUGAGAGAGACACGGCGAACUUCGACAAGGAAUUCACGUCUGAGGCGCCGACGGACAGUUAUGUUGAUGGGCCGGUUCUGAGCCAAACGAUGCAGCAGCAAUUUGCUGGGUGGAGUUAUCAGAGACCUAUCGAAGGCCUUGGAGACGCAGGGGGGUCGAUUGUGCAGGGGAAUGCUUUUGAUCAACGAUAG